UCCCUACUCCAAUCUCACCAUUAAACUCUCUCUCUCUAGUCUCUUUGGUGCUUUGGUAUUGUUUUCUUGUUUUUCUCUCAGAUUUUGGUGCUAUAGCAUUUUGUUUGUUACAUAGAUGACUAAGGACAUGGCGGAGCCGGGGUCAUUUUCAACGAAGGACUACCACGAUCCGCCGCCGGCGCCGCUCAUCGACGCGGAGGAGCUGACCAAGUGGUCGUUUUACAGAGCUGUGAUAGCUGAGUUCAUAGCCACACUUCUUUUCCUUUACAUUACAGUGUUGACUGUGAUUGGGUACAAGAGUGAGACUGCCGACCCCAAGGCUGACCCUUGCGGCGGCGUGGGCAUUCUUGGAAUAGCUUGGGCCUUCGGUGGCAUGAUCUUCAUCCUUGUUUACUGCACCGCCGGUAUCUCCGGGGGGCAUAUUAAUCCGGCGGUGACAUUUGGGCUGUUCCUAGCUCGGAAAGUGUCGCUAAUCAGAGCGGUGAUGUACAUGGUGGCGCAGUGUUUGGGGGCCAUAUGCGGCGUUGGGCUGGUGAAAGCCUUCCAGAAGGCGUACUACACUAGGUACGGCGGCGGAGCAAAUCAGUUGGCCCAUGGGUACAGCAAAGGCGUGGGGCUGUCGGCGGAGAUCAUCGGAACUUUUGUUCUUGUGUACACCGUUUUCUCGGCCACUGAUCCCAAGAGGAGUGCCAGAGAUUCACAUGUCCCCGUAUUGGCACCUCUCCCAAUUGGAUUUGCGGUGUUCAUGGUUCACCUUGCCACCAUUCCGAUCACCGGCACCGGAAUCAACCCAGCAAGGAGUCUUGGAGCUGCUGUUAUCUACAACAAGGACGAAGCAUGGCAUAACCAUUGGAUCUUCUGGGUAGGACCAUUCAUUGGAGCUGCCAUUGCAGCUUUCUACCACCAGUUCAUCCUGAGGGCAGGAGCGGCCAAGGCUCUGGGUUCAUUCAGGAGCGGUUCUCAAGUCUGAUCGAGUUUGAGAGAUUCAUUAUUAUGUUGUUGUUAUUUUCUAAUUAAAAAUGAUUGAAUAAUUUGUGUUGUAUGGUUGAUGUACUGGGUGAGGAGGUCGCACUGUGAGUGUGAGCCAUGGGAGUGUGUAGAUAGAUAGGGAGUGCGUUAGUUUUUACUUUUUAUAAAGGGAAAGCUUUUUAUGCCCUUUCUUUCGUCCUCUACUACUUGACUUUGAAUCUACAUUUUAUUUUUAUGUUACACGGCAA